UCCUUGCGUAUGACGGCCGGUUUUCCACCCUGCUAAAGUGCGUCGCUGGGCGUUCUGAGAAGAAAUUCUUUCGUGGCGUCUACUGGUGUCGUCAUCGUUCUUCUGUCACCUUCACAGCCUCUCACGACCCAAUCAUCCGUUAUUCGUUGCCGUUUUCGUCGCCGUCGUUCUCGUCGUCGUCGUCGUCGGUGGUAUCUAUACGGUAGAACGGUGUCAAGCUGCGAGAAUAAAGAAAAGUACCACGCCCAAGACUACGCAGAGGCGAGUCCUAGCAUUUCUUUUUUGCAGCGGUAGCCAAAAUAAUAAGACUAGUCGAUUCUUCGUACGGACGGAAUCACCCAAAAAACCAUGAAGUAUGCUCGGCGGCGAGAAACAGCUGUCACUUGCAGGAUUUCUAUUCACUCGCCUCCGGAAAAGUGGUGCUGAAAAAUGGAUGCGAAGCAGUAUAUCUGCGGCCUGUUGUGAGACUUGUGAUAAGCCGUAACGUAAAAUUGUAUGGUACAGAUUCGAUAGUGAACCUCUUCCCGGUUUAUGUUUUAAGUUAGCCAUCAGCAGAGUAGAGGAUUAGCGAGCGACGAAACACAAAAAAAUGACACUGGCAGUAGGCGGUAUGAUGCGCUGCUGGUUUGAUCCUUGGAUUUUGCUGUGGGUUGUUGCACUUCUAGUUGAAGAAUGUCGCCAAGUGGAGGCACUACGAUUGACAGACAUCAACGUACCCGAAAUUGUGGACUAUCGAGCGACGGUAACGCUCUCCUGUUCGUAUGACCUCGGUCCCCACCAGCUGAACUCGGUCAAGUGGUAUAAAGGCAAUCAGGAAUUUUACAGAUACGCUCCGAUGCUCAAUCCGAAAACGAAAACCUUCCCGGUGGACGGUGUCGUGAUUGCGAACGAGAACCUGUGCAACCAGUACCUGUGCCAGAUUCGGUUGACCAACCUGGAGCGGCAUUCCGGUGGCGAUUAUCGGUGUGAAAUUUCCGGCGAUGCGCCCAAAUUUGCCCUCGUCACCGGAAGCAGAAAUAUGACAGUGGAGGUACUGCCGCAGCAUGACCCAAUCAUUAGUGGUCUGGCGGCGACCUACUACCCGGGGGAAACCAUCGAGGCUAACUGCACCUCGGACAUGUCCAGCCUGGCGACGCGGUUGUACUUUUUCGUCAAUGAAAAAGCGGUUCCCAUCGAUUACCUGCAACCCGUGCAAGAGACCAGCCUUGAAAGCGAUAAUUUCGUGCUGAGAUAUCGUAUCCUGGAAAUGCACCUUCCUGUGGAUCGGCUAUUUCCCAAAGGGGUUGAUCGAACCAUUUUGCACAUCAAGUGUAUCGCGGCGAUUGAUGCCGUUCGUACGGCCGGACGUGAAACGACCGCGCGAGUUGCCGUGCAAAGCCACCGCUGGUCGUGGAUUAUCGGUGGCAUGAGCAGCAGCAGCAGCGGCGGCGGCGCGGGUAGCAGCCUACAGCGGAACCAUAUCCUGGUGCGGAUUGGAUUCGCUCCCCUGCUGCUACUGCUAAUCACCAAAUUGCUCACUCUUCUCCCCACACCAUCGCUGCACACAUUCUAGACAUCCGACAAGCCCCCCGUUGCCAAAUUAGCGAAAAAAAGAACCUCUGGAGAACACACGCCCACACACGUACUCAUCCCGCCCCAUUUUCCAUCAGCGAGAAUGGCAUCGUUCAACAACAGCUAAUUCAAUCCACAAACUUUGCACUGCCACAUAAUGUUCCUGUUCCUGUCGUCGUAAUGGUGGCGAGGGGCGGGAGAAGCAAAACCGUACCUACCGAUCCCUUUAAAGAGUACGUGAAUUUCCGUGAGUUACGUGAUUUUCACCCUUUUGAGAUAAUUAUUUGCAUAAUAAUCAGCCGAGCGGAAGCGGAACCGGAAAGGAACUAAGGGAUUUACUCUACGACCCGCUCUAGUCUGCUUGCUUGUAACGGGUGUGUGUGUGUGAAGUAUGUGAUUUUCGGAAGGCAUCUAAGUUUUUCCGCCUUUUCAUUGAAGUCACGAAGAAAAAAAAAGUUAGCAAGCUGACAACGUAUGUGAAGGAAGAAGAAAAAAUCAGUUUUCCCCAUCGAAAUUAAAUGUUCCACUGGAAUUGGGUUGCCCCCGUAUGUACACAUGUCUACGCUCACUAAACUGUACGAUGUGUGUGUGUACGAUGUGAAACUGACAGGAGAAAGUUUUGACGCGCGAGCGUAACGAAGGAAAAAGUUUUAAUAAAGUUACAGGGGAAAAUAAGCUUGAUGUAUAAAAUAUCAGAUUGUAAAUAUUGAUUUGUGUCCGGCUCGUCAGCGCAGCCUGCCUGGAAGCGUUUCCCAUCGUAGACAGUAGCAGCAGGCUGUGGGAUGGGUUCGAUGUGAUGCCGGUAGUAGGAAGGAAAGGAAGAAAGAAAGGAAAAUAAAAAUUGAGAUGGCUGAAAAGAGACAAACAGAAA